AUGUACUGGAAAACCCUGUCCUUCCUUUUUGCCCUUGAGGAAAUUAACCAGAAUCCCCAAAUCUUACCCAACAUAACCCUGGGCUACAAUAUUCAUGACAGCUAUUCUACUGCGAAGGUGACUUCAGAGGCUUUGCUGGACCUGCUUUCAAAGGGAGAGGCAGAUAUUCCAAAUUAUAACUGUGGAAAAUGGAGGAACACGCUGGCGGUCCUUGAAGGAACUGAUUCAGAUAUGUCCAUUCAGAUAUCAACCAUGCUGAACACCUUCAAGAUCCCACAGGUCAGUUACACUUUUGCUUCCCAGGUUUUGAGUGACAGAAAACGAUCCCCCUUUUUUUACUCAACCUUCCCCAAAGAAGCACACGAGUACCCGGGGAUUGUCAAAAUACUCCAACAUUUCGGCUGGACCUUGAUUGGACUCCUUGCUGCAGAUACUGAAAAUGGAGAGAAAUUCACGAGGCUCUUUACGCCCGCCACAGAGAUUGUCCUGCAAUGCAAUGAAGGCUCUGUUGUCAUGUUCUACACUGCUCUCUGCUACAUGGGCUUCCUUGCAGCCAUCUGCUUUACAGUAGCUUUCCUGGCCCGGAGACUUCCCGGGGCCUUCAAUGAAGCCAAGCUGAUAACCUUCAGCAUGCUGGUCUUCUGUAGUGUUUGGAUCUCCUUUGUGCCCACCUACCUCAGCACCAAGGGCAAGUACAUGCUUCAUCCUUUCCUGCACAUCUCCCAGUACUACAAUAAUUCCAUGCAGGGAGUAUAUUUGGAUGAAAAAGGAGAGCUAGCAGCUGACUUUGACAUCAUGUACUGGGUGAAGUUUCCCAAUCGGACCAUUACAGAAAUGAACAUUGGGAGCCUGGAAAGAGAGGGAAGGUCAGAAGACAAAUUCAAGCUCACAAUGGACCAGAAUGCAAUCAGAAGAGCCAUGCAGGUCAAUGAGCUCUGCUACUCUUUUGUUACACAUAUUUGGAGCGAUAAAACACGGUUCCCCUUUUUCUACACCAUGGUCCCCAAAGAAGGGAUCCAGUAUUUGGGGAUCCUCAAAUUGCUCCUGCAUUUCCAUUGGACAUCGCUUCAUCCUUUCUUGCUAGAUUCUCAGUUUCAUAACAUGUCCAUGGAUGGAGUAUAUUUGGAUGAAAAUGGUGAACUAGCAGCUGACCUGGACAUCCUGCAUUGGGUGAAGUUUCCUAAUGAUUCUAUUGUCAACGUGAGAUUUGGGAGCAUGGAAAAGCAAGAUUCCUUGGAGCCCCAAUUCACCAUUAAUGAAGAUGCCAUGGUAUGGCUCACAUGGUUCAACCAG